UUUGACCAUUGAUUGUCGAUGUCCAUUUUAACACAGAUGUCCAGGCUUUGACACCUUUUCAAUAAAUUGAUCCAAAUGCAAAUUUUAGCAGUUGGCAAUAAAGAAGAAACACACACUUCAGCACAGUGAUUUAUGGGAUUGCAAUUGAUUUAGAUUUUUUUAUUAUUUAACAAAAAUGUCCAUAAAAACCCACACCUAAACUUGAUGAUAAAUAAGUCAACAUUUGACCAAAAGAGUCUGGUUUUGACCUGAACUUAAUGGUCCUUGGUCUGACACACUGCUGUUACUGCUCAUUAUAAUGAACCUUUAAACAGUGAAGUGACUGUAAAUCUGCUCCUCUUAGAUUACACUGCUGCUACUCUGACUGCACACAUGACCCAGGAAAGAUUUAUUGUCCUCUCAUGUGUGCACCCCCCUCCCCCCAGCAGCUGGAAAAUGUCUGCUGGAGGUCAAGAAUUAGAUCCUGUUGAGAACGUGGAUGUGGACUGGAACAAAGGUCAGAGGAAAUAUCUGACACCUUUAUGUUCAGAAUUAAAAACAUGUAGAGGUUGAACCGUUAGAAAAUGUCAUUAAUAUUCCUAAAUGCUACUGUUUGAAUGGAUAGAACAUUAUUUGGUUUAAGGAGUCACUGUACAGUGUACUGAUGCAGCCUCAGCAACUGGGACAGAGACCAGUCAGGGACGGGUAUCACAGGGACACAAAAACAUGGAUGUUGGAGCAGCAUACAAAAACAAAAACAAAAAAAAAGCAUUUCCUUCCUCAGGCAGCAGUUUGCCUUAAGUAGGAAAAUUAAAACAUAGUUAUGAAAAGUUUCAACACCCAUCACUGCGGUGACGUCACUCCUUUCAUAUUCAGAGCCAAAUCAAUCAGGCAGAAAAAUGCCCUUUUAAAAUAUGCAUUAAUCUGUUUGUUUCCUUGUGGGAAACACAAGCGGCUGAGCCACCAUUACUGAAUCCAUCCAUCCAGCACUGAGCUGCUGUGGUGAACUCCCAGUCACUGAUCAGAGGCUGGACGCAGGUCCUGGACGCAGGUCCUGGACGCAGGACUUUGCAUGAGGACGCGGAGAACUGUGCGCCACGGCUGCUCAUUCACUGCGCGCUGUCCCAGGAAAGAGGUUCGAUGUUUUUCAUGCAGCGGAUUUCUCUGGGACAGAGCAGUGAUGCUGGAACACUUUACUGGCCAAGUGUUCAGACUCUGAGCUCCCACAGUUCGGUAUGUUCGAGUUGAACUGCUGCGGAGCAGAUGGUUCCAGAAAAAUGAGUCGGGUUCUGUCCAUCCUCGUUUACUUCUUCUCCAUGGCUCAGUGUGGCAGCAGUGCUGACUCAGAGGAGCGCCUCAUGAACUGGUUGUUGGGAAAAGAACGGUACAAUCCGCUCAUCCGACCGGCCGUCAACAGGACAGAGAGAGUGACGGUGAAGCUGCAGGUGUCUCUGGCACAGCUCAUUAGUGUGAAUGAGAGAGAACAGAUCAUGACCACAAACGUCUGGCUGACACAGCACUGGGUGGAUUACAGAUUAUCCUGGGACCCAGCACAGUACGAAGGCAUUGACAAACUCCGUAUUCCAUCCAGACACGUCUGGCUGCCGGAUAUCGUCCUCUACAACAAUGCUGAUGGUACGUACGAAGUGACCGUCUUCACCAACGUCAUCGUUCUCUUCAACGGUUCCAUCAACUGGCUUCCUCCAGCCAUCUACAAAAGCGCCUGUAAGAUCGAGGUCAAACACUUUCCCUUCGACCAGCAGAACUGCACCCUGAAGUUCCGCUCCUGGACAUACGACCACACUGAGAUAGACCUGAUCUUAAAAACGGAGGCGGCCAGCAUGGAUGACUUCACCCCCAGUGGUGAGUGGGAUAUUCUGGCUCUUCCAGGCAGACGAACUGUGAGCCCAGUGGAUCCCACCUACGUGGAUCUGACCUAUGACUUCAUCAUCAAGAGGAAGCCCCUGUUCUACACCAUCAACCUCAUUAUUCCCUGUGUCCUGAUCACCUCUCUGGCCAUCCUGGUCUUCUACCUGCCUUCAGACUGUGGAGAGAAGAUGACUCUCUGCAUCUCCGUCCUUCUGGCUCUCACUGUGUUUCUGCUUUUGAUCUCCAAGAUUGUUCCUCCAACUUCACUGGACGUACCAUUAAUUGGCAAGUACCUGAUGUUUACCAUGGUGCUGGUUACCUUCUCCAUCAUCACCAGUGUGUGUGUGCUCAAUGUGCACCACCGCUCUCCCAGCACCCACACCAUGCCGCCCUGGGUCAAGCUGAUAUUUCUGGUCAAAUUGCCGGCCUUACUCUUCAUGAGACGCCCUCACAAUAACUCUUCUCGUCAGCAGCUUCGACAUCAGCGUUGUCUACGUGCAGGAAGAACCAGUUUAGGUUUAGGCCACCCACUGACCUCCAGAAUAGGCAUCAACACCUCGUCUUCUGCUCUGCUCACCGCUGAUUCUGCCUUCUCCACGCCAGGCCACAAAAACACAGCUCCUUUAAUGAGUCACAGUCACUUCAGGAGGAACGAGGAGCCGCGUUCUACAGACGACCUUCACACUGGUCUCACCUCCACCAAAGACCUCCACCCUCGGAGCCCCACACACUGGGCUGCCGACGUCCAAGAGGCUGUGAACGGAGUCCGGUUUGUGGCCGAGCACAUGAUGGGAGACGACGGAGACCAGAGUGUGAUUGAAGACUGGAAGUACGUGGCCAUGGUGGUGGACCGGAUGUUCCUGUGGAUCUUUGUGAUAGUGUGUGUGGUGGGAACCCUCGGUCUGUUCUUGCAGCCUCUCUUCCAGAGUCAGAUUGUUCCCAACCAGCAGCCCAGUUCAGAGACACCUCGCAUAUAAAGAAACAGCAACAAAUGUGAUGGAUUUCACUGAGUGAUUGGAGCAGAUAAAUUACAGUGAAGUGAACGUCAACAUCUGACAAUCGUUCUUCACAGACAGAAGCAGCGACAGACUGUCGCACGUGCAGCACAAAUGUGGCACAAGUGUGUAUGGCAGGAGCAAAAAGUGUAAA